AUGGACACUGAAGAAGACCCUCCUCAAAACCAAGCCAAAAGACAGAAAUGCUCGGCGUGCUAUAAACAAUAUAAGAAGAAAGAACAUCUUAUUCAGCACAUGAAAACCUCUUACCACUCCAUCCAUCAGCCGCAAUGUGCGAUCUGUAGAAAGCACUGCAAAUCUUUUGAAUCGCUGAGGGAACAUCUCAUGGGACCUUUGGCUAAAGGAUUUUGUUCGGCGAUUUUCUCACAUGAGGGUUGCAAACUUUGUUUAACACUAGCUGAUAGUCCUGCUUCUCUCAAUGAGCAUAAAGAAACUUGUCAACUAACCGCACCUGUUCCUCUUGGCACAAGUGAAUUUCCCUAUACAGACUCCAAUAUCGAUUUUCUGGAUUCUUCUGAUGAAAACGAUGCUGACUGGCGUCCUAAAGCAAUUGCAUUGGACUGUGAAAUGGUUGGUGGUGGAAGUGAUGGAUCACUGGAUGUUUGUGCUAGAGUAUGCUUGGUUGAUGAAGAUGAGAACUUAAUCUUGCAUACAUAUGUUAAACCUCGAAUCCCUGUUACUAAUUAUAGGUAUGAUAUAACCGGGCUGACCGAAGAGCAUCUUCGAGAUGGUAUGCCGCUUAAGCAAGUUCGGGAAAAGAUAUUGCAGAUUCUAUACAAUGGAGAGUCCAUUGGAAAAGUUAGAUUGGAUGGUGGAAAGGCCAGGCUUCUUGUAGGGCAUUCUUUGGCAUAUGAUUUGGAUUGCUUGGAAAUGAGUUAUCCUGAUCACUUGUUGAGAGACACUGCAAAGUACCGUCCAUUGUUGAAGACAAACUGUUCCAGCCAUUCGCUCAAGUAUCUCACCAGAACAUAUCUAGGUUAUGAUAUCCAAACCGGAACACACGACCCAUAUGAAGAUUGUAUUUCUGCGAUGAGACUGUACAAGAGAAUGCGAGGUCAAAGCCAUGAGGAGAAAGGUUACGGAAAGUUGACUCCAAGCGACAACAUCGUUGAAAUGUGUGACAGGUGGAGAUCCAAGGAACUGGACAACCUCACUCCAGAUGAACUCUAUGCCAUCUCAGAAUCAGACUAUAGGUGUUGGUGUUUGGAUUUGAAGCCAAAAUUGGCAAAAGCAUAA